GGAUUAGAUGAUGUCUAAGGAGAAGAAGGCUGCAUUGGAAAAGGAGCGGGAAGAAAGGAUAGCUGAGGCAGAGAUUGAGAACUUAUCUGGAGCCAGACAUCUAGAGAGUGAAAAACUUGCUCAGAUAUUGGCAGCCAGAGAACUGGAAAUUAAACAUAUUCCAUCUGACGGUCAUUGUAUGUAUGGGGCACUUGAGGAUCAGCUAAGAGAACAAGACUCUGCUCUGACUGUGGCUACCCUAAGGAGGCAGACUGCUGAGUACAUGCAGAGCCAUUCAGACGACUUCCUGCCAUUCCUAACCAACCCCAACACAGGAGACAUGUACACUCCAGAAGAGUUUGGAAAGUACUGUGACGAUAUUGUAAACACGGCCGCGUGGGGUGGUCAGCUUGAGCUAAGAGCUCUGUCUCACAUCUUAAAGACACCGAUCGAGAUACUACAGGCAGAUGCUCCUCCUAUUAUAGUUGGUGAAGAGUAUCCAAGGAAUCCAUUAGUACUAGUAUACAUGAGGCAUGCGUAUGGCUUAGGAGAACAUUAUAAUUCUGUUACACGGUUGGUGAACUCAACUACUGAAAAUUGCAGCUAGUUUACAAAAUGUUACACUGUUUAUAGAGUGUGCCCAUCUACCAAGUGCUAGAUUGUUGUAAAUGCUACUGAAAAACACAGCUACCUUAAAUGAGUUUUAUGAAUAAGCUUACUAACGGGCUUUUUACAAAUACAUUGGAGUGACUUUAAUCAGUGCUCUCUUAGUGGCAUUUUUACAACUUAGUCUAUUGUGGAGAAGAAUAUCAUUCACAGGCCAAGGCGUUACUCUUCCCACGAAUCAGUUUUAAUUGGCCUGCACAUUCUAAUUUGGAAUAAAUUUUGUUUAAAAUUUUGGCCCCACAGCUUUAUGUUCCAAAAGUAAGGAUUUCAAUUUAAUUUUUCUUGAAAGUAUGGAGACUCGGUCUCUGUCAUCAUAACAGCAGGUUAUCGAUGCUGAUAAAGUGCUCGCCAUCCCCGUGACUUUGGUCUCACUAGGGUCAGCCGUGUGUGCUGCUUUUUACGCAGCACGUCUCUGCUGCUAAGAAGAAAUUACUUCAGUAUAAGAAUUUUUAAUACUUACAUGAGAAUCAGUAUAAAGAAAUGAAGCAAAAUCAGUGGAAACUAGGUGUUUAUUGUGCCAAUUUUGAAUCUUUCUAACAAAUUGGAGACUUCCCUUUAAUGUAUGUGUAGCUUAAAAAGUGUGUAACUCCUACAUUGCUGGUUUUUCAGCCAGAGGCUGGAGUUAGAGUUGAACCUUGUUUCUUUAUGACAACUGAGAAGUUUUACAUUUUCCGCAACACUGCUCAGCUGCUUUGCCUUCCCUAGAACCUUUCCUACUGAGAGGCACCCAGUGGCCUCUCACCGCUCACCUGUGGAAGGGGGGCUGUAGUAAUGCAGAAAGAAAGGCCGUGGCCACGCCCCCUGUUUAAGUCUUCCCAGCUGUCCUGACAAGGCCUCUGCUUGCUGCGCUCACUGUCUGGGAUCAAUGAAAAUCCUGGCUACAGAUUAUUUCAUUACAUAAUGUGUCACUUUUUUUUUUUCCGCUCAAAUGUUUGAUUAUUCUAUUUUAUGUAUAGGAAGAGUUGAAAGCCGCUGUUCAGAAGCACAGAGCUGUGUGGUAAAAUCAGCACAGAAGACUUGUAUGUGGAACGACUCAUGUUAAAUCACUUAGAACAGUAUUCUUUGUGAGAGAGCUGCGCCCACACACACAAGUGUGGUUACUGUAACACAGGACCAAGGGCUGGGGCACAGCUUGAGUAGAGCACUUACUUGCCUAUUGUGCAUGAGGCUCAAGGUUCAAUUUCUAGCACCAACAAAACAAACAAUUUAUGAAAAGGAAACUUUGUUGUGAUCUGUUUUUUCCAAGUUAGAAGUAUAACUAAGAUUGAGCAUCAUGUUAUAAUAUUUGGACUUUUGAUCUAUGUAUUCUGUCUGUGAGUAAAUAAUGGGCUUAUGAUGUUAAAGCAGGUAACAGUGGCAAGCUGGCAGAGACUGGGGUCAGACCUUUCUGAGGUCAUUCCAGCUUGACUAAAACAUACUCUGCCUGUGACACGGUAUAUUCUGAAGGGUAGCUGCUUUGUAACUUUUGAUCCUUUUUUAUUCUGAAAUUUAUAAAAGCAUGAUAUUGUAAAGUAACUGCUUUGAACUUACUUUGAAGUAAUGCUAUCCUCAUCUUUUCAGUAUCAGCCUUAAGGAUUUAUAGAACAAAACAUGAAAAAGUUACUGAAAAUUCUGCUUUCAACAGAGAUUCUAAAGAUAACUCAAUGUUUUGUUGUUCUGUCAAGAAUUCAAAUGUACUUAAUUAUGUAUUUCAAAAUUUUGUUUAUAUGUUUUAUUUUACAAUGGCCAGUAUAUUUAUGAAUAAAAUGUAUGGCCUACUUCCACCAUUUUAGCUAUAAAUGGAAAAGUCUUUUAAAAAUGCUAGGUGUUGAUUUAAGAACAAUGUAUGCAAAUUAAGUUUGCUGCUGCUGGUCUGAUGGAACUUCCACAAGCUUUCAGUCCUGAUUGAAAACAUGUCAACAUUUUGAAAUGUGUCAUCAACCAAGAAUUUUAUCUACUUACAUAUAUUUAUAACCUGUAAAAAGUAAAACAAAGAAUGUGUAACUAUUGUGAGCAAGAUAACUUUGCUCAUAUUAUUUGAUGUUUAUCAAAAGAAUAAAUGAUAAAGGAGUUGAAUCAA